GGGGCGAAAUAGGUCAGUUGACUCACUAAGUAGUACAGCGGACAGACAGCAGGACUUAUAUUACCAAUAGGCCACCCGUGGCUGUUUAAAUACACAGACACCUUUCAAUAAAUUUCACUUCUCAUUGUUACAUUAGCAUCAGAAAUGAAUACAGAGAUCUGCAAAGUCUGUUGAAACUUCUGUUUAAUUCUUGGAAGCUCGUCUAAACGUGACGGCCAUAGUGCUAGAAAAGGGUCCUGACUACAAUAAGGCGUGACUUUGCAAGGCAAGGCAGUUUAAGAUGUGAAUUGAAUUCGAAAUUACAGCUCCAUUACUGAGCAACCCCACUUAGCAAUGCAUGUAUGUCUGUUCGUUCAUAAACACCUCCCUGGAGAGAAUGAUUUAAAAGCAUGCAGACAUCGCUGUUGAAGUAAUUAUCUGUUGUUAAAAUCUCCCAUACCCUUUGCACUAUCACAUCUUUCUCGCGGGACGGGAAUUCGGCGUCGAAGAAACCAGAAAUCGGAAAACGUCAGUUAUUUCGUGAAAGAGGAUAUAAUGACUCCGGCAACCUUUUGGCUAUUAAUGCUGCUGGCGACAGUGCUUACCGUGGCCGAAACUGCAGAGCGGAAAAAGGCUCGGGUUUUACCAAAAGAUUGCUCCGAAGUUAAAAAACUUCAAAAUAGAGUGUACCGGAUAUAUCCAGAUGGUACAAGAGCCAAACGGAUUGCAGUUUACUGCGACAUGGAAACAGACGGUGGUGGUUGGACCGUGUUUCAAAGAAGGGAAAAUGGUGACCUUGAUUUCCAUCGCAUGUGGGAGGAAUACAAACGCGGCUUUGGCAAGGUGGGAAAGACGUCAGACUUCUGGCUUGGAAAUGAUAACAUUCAUCUGUUGACAGUUAAUCGAUCGAUCAGCCUAAGGGUGGAGUUGGAGAGUUGGAGGAACCCGCAUACUAAGUUUUAUGCCACAUAUCAGCAUUUCAGUGUUGGUGACGAGAAAUCAAAUUACAAAUUGGAGGUGAGUGGGUAUGGUGGAACGGCAGGGAAUGCUCUCAGUUUCCACAACUCUAUGCCCUUCUCUACCGAGGACAAGGAUAAUGAUCCGUCCAACCAUAACUGCGCGAAGAUCUAUAGAGGUGGAUGGUGGUUCAACACUUGCCUUGUCUCUAAUCUGAAUGGAAAAUACUUGGAGAAAGAAACAACUCACGGUCCAGGGAUCGUUUGGUUUAAGGGGAAGCUUAAGUUUAAGUCCUUGAAGCUCAGCGAAAUGAAGUUACGCCCUGUUAACUAGGGCCAAAGACAAGGGUAAUACUGACUUAAGUAAAGAAAAUAACUGGUCUCUAGGGCUUACAACAGGCAAUUUAGCCGUAGUGAUUUUUGAACAGGGAGCUUAAGCAAACCACGACGGCAACGAGAACGACAAAAAGCAGAAAAUUUCAUGAGCAGAACAACGGUCAUGUAAGGCUUGUAACAGUUCUUCAGAUUACAAAAGGGACUUUGUCUGCAAGAUGACAAACUCUGCUUGAAAUGAACAAAGCUGGGUAUUUUGAAGAACAUGAAUCACGACGCAAAGUUUUCGCUGGCAUUAUAACCAAUGGCACUAGAGUUUUAGCUCGAACAAAGUUUUAGACCGAUAGAAGUACUCAACAGGAUCCAGCUAGCAACGUACAAAAAAAUUCUUAAUUCACUUUUUUUGCUAGGCGUCGUCCUCGGCGUCGACGUCGCCAUUUCUUGAGCUCCCUAUGAAUAUUUUAAGAGUGUUCAGUAUAAUCGAGGGGUGAGCAUAGAAACAUAUUGAGUGUUGUAAACCAAUUUAAUGAAUAAAGAUUAAUUGUAAAAGGCCCCAGGCAUCUAUCAAGAUACUGCAAUUAAGCUUCAGCUUUUGAAAAUGAACUUAAACAAGAAAGGGGGAGGAAAAAUCGAGAGAGGCUAGGUAAUACUCAAUGCAUGACUGAUUUCAGUGAAAAUUCGUGGCUUAGUGAUCGUGAACCAAUACAAAAUGGAAUAACCUCUCGUCGGGUGCAUUCUUAUAAACUCAACCACCACAAUAAAAUUCCAUAUAAAAGAGGCAAAUGUGAUCGAUACGAUCUUUAAGGUAGAUCAGGUCAAUUUUGCCACACAAGAGGCAACAAUGUACACAAUUAUAUAAACAAAGAAAAGGUCAAAACUCGUUAAAUGACAACUAGUUCAUGUCAUUACGGCUAGCUCACUUUGAAAACGUACCCCAAGAGGUCCCACUGAUAAGUGGCUACAGAUGGAAAUACGAAUGAAACACCCUAGGCGAUGCUAAAACACAAUUUGCAAUCCCUGGUGGCUAAACUGGAACAGACCAUUCUCUCAUAUAGAGUCGCCGGGCUCUUCGGUCAGCGGCUGGUUGGCAGGAAACACUUUGAUGGUCAACCGCUGUCCUAGGAACCUGAGCACUAGAUACCAUCGGUAAAAAUUUUAUGAAUAUCACUUCAAGUAAUGUCUAUUUUAUUACAUCUAGUAACAAUUCAGAUAUGAAAAAAUUCAAUUGCUAAAUAGCAAAUUUCGUCACAAACAAUUCUUAUCAUCUGAUGGACCUGUUCUGCUACUAUUUCACAAUCAUUGUUUUAGUAUUUCAUCUCAGUUUUCUAAUGAGAAUUACCAUGCAUUUCGACAUAAACUUCUGGCCAUCUAUUAAAACUAUUUAAUCGCUUUUUCCAUAUUACAUAACCUUUAAAUUUCGCUUUGUGCAUGUUGCAGGAACUAAUUUCACUGCUCUACGUUUGGAAAAUG